AUGAGUGUGAAAUUAGUGUCUGGAGGCAGUUUUAGUUUGGCACUAAUGCUAACUGUUCAGUUGGCAAUAGCAAAGGCACCUAUUGCAAAGCCUAGCUGUACAGACCAUUGCGGAAAUAUAGAUAUUCCAUACCCAUUCGGAAUGGGUGAGAAGGAUUGUUAUUUCAAUGAAUGGUUUGAGAUUGAGUGCAAAGAAAGUAGAGCUUUUAUAAGUAAAAUCAAAAUGGAGCUCCUCAAUAUUUCUACCGUAGGCUGGGCUAACGUCAAAAGUCCAAUAAUAUCCUCCGAUUGUUCCGACAGGGUGUCCGAUUUGCCUUUCAAUUUGACGGGAAGUCCUUUCUUCAUUUCCGACGAUAACGUAUUCACUGCAGUAGGUUGCAACACCCGUGCUUUAAUGAUCGAUCAAUCUCUCCAACGCCUUGGGUGUGAUUCAAAAUGCCUUAGCCAUAAGAAGGAUGUUGAUUGGAGACAAAUGCUUCCUAAUUUCAUAGAAGAGGAUUCCAGUAGUAAUUAUUUGAUAGCGGACGAUUAUUGUAACGGCACCGAUUGCUGUCAGGUUACAAUACCUUCAUCCCUUCAGGUUUUCAAUGCAAGUUUUCAAGCCAUAAAUGAUCAAAGCACAGAUGGUUGCAAGCUGGCAUUUCUAGCAGGAACAUAUGGGCGGAACUCCUGGAGGAAAAAGGAUCCAAAUGUCCAGUUUCCGAUGGUGAUAGAUUGGAUGCUCUAUUCGAACCGAACUGAAAGUUAUAAUUGGAUGAUCAAUUCCGGCCUAUGGAGUGGCAAUAACUCGGAGUCGGAAUCUCUGGCUUGCAUCUCCGACGGUUCUUCUUCUAUUAAUGAGGCAGCAGUAUUCCGUUGUUAUUGCAGACGUGGGUAUGAGGGCAAUCCUUACAUUCGAUGCACAGACGUUGAUGAAUGCGAAGAUCCCAAGUUUGGCAGUCUUUGCAAGGGAAUAACAAGAUGUGUGAAUACUUCUGGAUCAUACAAAUGCGUACCUGACACAAAAUGGAUUAUCAUUUUUGGUAUUUGUUCUGGCGUUGUAGUAAUGUUUGUGCUUAUACUUUGCGCAAGGUGGUUAUGUGAAUCUAUACAGAAAAGAAAGAAGAUCAACCAAAGGGAAAAGUUCUUCAAGAGAAUGUCACACCAACAAAUGUGGUCAAGCCAAGGAAAAGUUGAGAAAGCCAGAAUAUUCAGUCUAAAAGAGUUGAAAAAGGCAACUGAUCACUUUAAUGUGAACAGAAUUGUAGGCCAAGGUGGCCAAGGCACUGUUUAUAAAGGAAUGUUGGUGGACGGAAAAAUUAUUGCAGUUAAAAAGUCCAAUAUAGUAGAUGAAGCAAAACUUGAAGAAUUCAUUAAUGAAGUUGUCAUUUUAUCACAAAUUAAUCACAGGAAUGUGGUAAAGCUAUUUGGAUGUUGCUUAGAGACAGAGGUUCCUAUGCUUGUCUAUGAAUUCAUCUCCAAUGGAACACUUUUUCAGCAUCUACAUGACCAAGGUGAGGAUUUUCCAUUACUAUGGUCAAAGCGUUUGCAAAUUGCCAUAGAAAUUUCAGGAGCACUUUCCUACUUACAUUCAGCAGCUCCUAUACCAAUAUUUCAUCGGGACAUUAAGUCGACAAACAUACUCUUGGAUGAAAAGUAUAGGGCAAAAUUAUCAGAUUUUGGAAUUUCAAGAUCAGUUGCAAUUGGUCAAACUCACCUUACAACUAAUGUACAUGGCACUUUUGGGUACUUGGAUCCAGAAUAUUUUCAUUCAAGUCAAUUUACAGAGAAAAGUGAUGUUUAUAGUUUUGGGGUAGUGCUUGUUGAGCUCUUGACUGGACGAGAACCAAUUUGUUCAACAAAGUCUGAAGAAGUAAUUAGUUUAGCAACAAGUUUUAUUCAAAUGAUGCAAAAUAACAAACUUUUUGACAUAAUUGACUCUCGAAUUAAAGAGCAAUUUUUCAUUAAAGAAGAAAUCAUGGUUGUUGCUAACCUUGCAAAGAGAUGCUUGAACCCUAAUGGAAAGGAACGACCUACAAUGAGACAAGUGACAAUGGAGUUGGAGGCAAUCUGGUUUUCAAAUGGAGAUGUAUGUGUUGAAGAACACAAGGAAGAAAAUGAAUUAGACAUCCUUGAUAUAUCUGCUGCAUCUACUUCAACAUGCUCAAAUUUUGCUGCCAAUGGAACUUUAUCAAUCGACAUUAAACCACUAGUUUUGGGGAGUACUUGGUAAGAAUAUCUUUAUAUUAGUGCACUCAGUGCAUAUAUACUGAAUUUUUAUAUUUAAGGGAGUAUUAUUUUAUUGUUUUGUGUUUUUGAAAAAUGAUUGUGGAGCCCACUUUGAGGCUCAUUUUCUUUUGGUAUGGACCAUAUUAAAGUGUCAAAUUAGUGAUCUCUUAGGAAUGUAGACAUGUCAUGCUUUUCAAAGGUAUA